AGAAAAUAUCCGGGAUCAAUCUACGCUCAACAUCCCCAUCUGCUUCCACCACAAAGCGUUUUCAUACUCCCGCCAUGAAUUUUCUUUACUGUUUAGCUGCGGCCGCAGUGAUUUUAAAAUGCGUCCACCAUUCGGCGUGGGGAGCAUCUUUAACACCGAAAGCUCCCCUGUUGCUACGUCCUGUCGACCCUGAAGAACAAGACAGCCUGCUCAAGUUUGUGCUCACUGAGAUACAGAGGUUGAAGCAGGAGAAUAAGGAAAUGGAUUCGUGCCACGGGCUAGAAUUGGCUUCGAUGGAGACGCAAGAUGAGAGGGUCGAAAAUGGUCUGAAACAUCGUCUGACUCUCAAGAUUCAGCCCACUCUAGUUAACACACCGGCUUGCGCUCACCGGAACACAACUACAAAUCAGCAGCCCGAAGUAUGCGAGGCAGAAGUGUGGGAAAGCAACGAAGAGGACCGACACCAGAUGGCGCUUCUGCGAUCUACCUGCCUCCAAGUGGACGAACUGCGAACCUGAACACAGUCAACUUCCUGACUCACACGCUCCAAACUGCGCACAAAAGCUAGAAGAAAAACGCACCAUUUAGCAGUGUAGGCUUAAGACUUAUAGUACAUCACGUUUCUAUCAACCCACCAACAAGAGUAUUUGAUAUGGAAGAGUUAGGUCACAGUCCACGCAUCCGUCCGCACAACCUCAUUUAAAUCCGCGCUAAAGCCGUUUGCGACAAAAGUGUAGCGGGCCGACGACAGCGUUCGGCGCCGUAGCAUCGUAGUUCAAACGAAUCGCCGCAUGACGGGCGGCUGUACUACGUUUACCGUCCAAUAGCAGAACUCGUAAACAGAAGUAGGGCCGAACUUUCAAGAUGGCGGGCUGUUUCUUAAAGGGACACUAAAAUGCAAAAACAACUUGUUCUCAAAUGAAAGUCCGUGUUUCAAUUAGUAUAAUGCAGGCGAAAUUAGUUCACACAGCGCUGUUGUUUAGAAGACAAAAUGCAAUGAAAACAGAGCCGUCUUUUAGUUUGCCGGCAACGAAUGGAAUCUCAGGAAGCAAAGAUUUGCGGCACCCAAUCAGACAGCAGGAGAAACGCGCGCAUGCCUGUCGUGUACGUGUACAUGCGCGGCAUGACGUGCAUUGCUGCAUCUUUCAAUACCAAUUUAUUGAAUUGUAGACGACAAACGUUCUAAAACAAUAUUACAUUCGCGUCCUUCGGGUAGCGACACCAAUUCGCGUCGUAGUCGCACUAUGUUCUUCGCCGUAACUGAUCCAUGGUGCGGCAGGCGCGUACACGCGCAGCGUAGGCCUAACAGCACCGAUGCACAAGCUGAAGCGACGUUCACUACUUAGUGCCAAGGCAAGAAAUAGUCCGGCAUAAUUCUGAUUGUAGCUUCACAACGGAAUCAAAGUUUUAAAUUACGACAACAAGUGCGAAAUUAACAUAUAGCGUGUAACGUAAUUUGAAGUGAACUUGUGCGAGCAUUUUAGUGCCCCGUUAAGUUCCUUGUUACCGGCUUAAUCGCGCAGCUAGAGGUCACGACACGUAAAUAAUAACAUAUACGUAAAUAAAUAUUUAUAUACAUAAAUAAGUGGCUAUAUAAAUAAAUCUGCGUAUAAAAUGCGUCAACUCCUACGUGAGAAACCGCUAAUAUCACAGCAGUCGAAGCCAAUAUGUGCUGGCGAAUCAAAAUUCGCCGGAGAAACCUUUGAAGAGAACGUUAGGCCUAACCACGACCUACUAGAUUAUAGCGGCCAUAUCAUAGGCACCCCUUCCCAGCGCUGCAUUUGGAAGCUAGCGGUGGCGCUACUCGUCGGCCCGGUUAUUGCUUCAAUUUCUACAAUACUCCGUACUUCAGCUUACCUUAAUAUUUUUGUACAAGCGGUGGAUUUCCCACGUAAGAUGUUUCAGUCUAAAGUUGAUCAUCAUCAUCAUUCUACGCGUUUUCAUAGGAGCUGUUGCUGUCGUCUGCUACGGUAGUCGUACAUCCGCUUCUGCGCAUUCAAAAUUAAAAUUUCCAUUGUCCAAUCAUAAUGUAGAUCUCGCGGGUCGAUGAGUAGCGCCCCUAACGGAUCGUGCGGACGGGCUCCUCAUAGGGGUUGCCGAUUAUGACAUGGUCGUUAUAAUCAAGUCGGUCGUGGGCCUAACAUAACGGUCAUGGUCUGCUUCGUACUUUUUUUUCCCUUCCCGGUAGCACAGCGUUUUCUGAAACACUUCGAAGUGUAAUUUAACCAAUUUGCCUGUCUGGUGCAGGGUAAGUUAGGACCAAAGUAUUUGUCAUCCCGUCACAGCCAUCGGUAAAGUAAAGAGGCACAUGCGCGUUGCCUCCGGAAGACAAAAUUACGUUACGAACGACUAUACGUAGUCAAAUCAAGCUAAUUAUCUCAGGGUAUGCAAGACAGCACGCACUUCUCUUUUGCACACUGCCGCAUGUCCAGAAGGGCAGGAGGUUAAGGGUAUGUCAGCACACUUUUAGGACACGCAUUGCACAUUAUUUCCCUUAUCAUCACUUGACGCACACAUAGAUAGCUUCACCGAACGAGAGAACUAUAGAAAGCAGCUAAUUAGGCUAGUCGUUCCUUACAGAUUUUGCUUCCAGUCGUUAGCAUAUCAAGUGAUAGUCGUGUGUACGGGUAGUGUACGUUCUAAAGUGAAAGAAACGUAAUAUGUAUGUCUAUUACAUAGCUAUGCACGGCACUAGUUAAGAGCAAAUACAUGGUGUCCCAGCUAAAUGCGAACAUAUUUUUUAAUGAACUAUAUAUCACUUUUUCCGAGAUGAAAUAAAUUGCAACAUAGCAUAUGCUGAAGGGCACUCCUUAGGAGGGCAUUAGCAAGCUCCUAAGGCAGUCUUAAUUAACUUGGACCAGAUGUUCUCUUUGGGACAACUUCGUAGCUUUUAUAACUAAAAAGUUUAUUAUUGAAAGUUAGGUAAGACAUUGCCUUAGGAGUUUGCUAAUGCCCUCCUAAGAAGUGCCCGUCAGCA